AUGACGACGACUUCUAAAAACGCAUUGGCUCCGUGGGUCGAGAAGUAUCGUCCUGCGGUUAGUUUAUAACAAUUCACUUGAACCAACUGACCUCUUCCAUUUCAGAUUCUAUCGGAUAUUGUCGGAAACGAAAAUAUUGUUGACAGAUUGAAAACAAUUGCGAAAGAGGGAAAUGUGCCCAAUAUUAUCCUCUCGGUGAGAAACCUAAGCUAUUUCUCUAAUAAUUUUUAAUUUUCAGGGACCCCCGGGAUGCGGGAAAACGACGUCGAUGUGGGCUCUCGCCCGUGAGUUGCUCGGAGACAAAGUGAGGGAUGCUGUUCUCGAGUUGAAUGCGUCCGAUGAAAGGUAAUUCCACUAGAGGCGUGAAAUACAGAAAACCUCUGUUCACAGGGGAAUCGACGUUGUGCGAAACCGCAUCAAGACAUUCGCCCAGACAAAAGUCACACUUCCCGAAGGACGGCACAAAAUUAUCAUUCUCGACGAGGCCGACUCGAUGACUGACGGUGCUCAACAGGUUCGUAUCUGAUCUUCAGUCUCAAUUAGAAUCCCAAUUGUUCAGGCUCUCCGUCGUACCAUAGAAUUGUACUCGAAGACGACUCGAUUCGCGUUGGCUUGCAAUCAAUCUGAGAAAAUCAUCGGCAAGCAUUUGAUCAGAAGUAGAAGAAAUAAAUAAAAUGUAUUACAGAACCUAUUCAGUCACGUUGUGCGCUGCUGCGCUACACAAAACUGACAGCUCCGGAGCUGAUGAUGCGAGUGAAAGAAGUCGUCAAAGCGGAAAAUGUCAAUGUGGACGACGGAGGUCUUGAAGCGAUUCUGUUCACUGCGCAAGGAGACAUGAGGCAAGCCCUGAACAAUCUUCAGGCGACAGUCAAUGCCUGCGAACUAGUGAACAAAGAGAACGUGCUGAAAGUUUGCGACGAGCCACAUCCGGAUCUGAUGGUCAAGAUGCUAAUGUAUUGCAUGGAGAAGAAGUGCUUCGAGGCUGCCAAGAUCCUUCACGAAUUUCACGAACUUGGUUUCGCUGCCGAAGACAUCGUCUCGACCAUUUUCCGAGUCGUCAAAACUAUAGAAUUUCCGAGAAAAGUUUCGGAACAGCUCAGAAUGGAAUACAUUCGGGUAUAUCGGAUGAUCUCCUCCAAUUUUAAACACUUGUCUUGCAGGAGAUUGCUCUCUGUCACAUGAGAAUCAUCCAGGGACUGCCCACAAGACUGCAACUCUCCCGCCUCGUCGCCGAGCUGUGCCGUGUCACCACCUCUCUGUGA